AUGAAGCUCAUUGAAUGUAGCUGGAAGUAUGGAUCUCGAGAUGUCGAUUCCUUAUAUAAUUGUUUUAUUGAGAAUGUGAAUAAACGUAUUAACGAAAUUGCACCUUUAGAACAACAAAGUACUAAUUACGAGUCAUGGAUUGAUGGAGAGAUCAAAAGAGCGCAAAGGGAAAGAGAUGUACACUACUAUAUUUUCAAAUUUACCAACCUGAGGGAUGACUUCGAAAAAUAUAAAGAAAAAUGA